AGACCCCGCUCAGCCCGCGGCUGCCCGUCCGGGCGGCGGGAACAUCGUGCCCUGCGCCACGGCCCUGGUGAUGCCGAACAGCAGGGCCAGCGGCAAACAGCGCCUUCGGGGCCGAGGGGAGCCCUCAGAGCUCCUUCUGCUGUUUGUGCCGCACCCCGUACGGUACCUGAGCAGCAGUUAGCAUUUAGGAUUUUACACGCCACGUUAAAUGCUAAAUAUUUUAUUUAUUUGUUUGUUUGUUUAUUUAUUUAUUUAGAAGCGGAUGAAAUAAAAUAGCUAUAUGCGGCUAGACCACGCUUUAAAACAGACCUAAAAUGCAUUUUACCUCGGAAGAAGCAGACGAGAGGGCUGACAGUUAAAAGGACACUAGAUCCGAGAGUCUUGUCUGUGGGCAGGAUCAGCUCCAAAAGUCAAAAUGAGGUCACCUGAAAAAGGAAUUGGUACGAUGGCUUUGGGCAAUAAAGAGGGUAUGCAGCAAGGGAGAGCUAUCCACCUGAAGGCUGCAGCAAGCAAGGCGUUUCCUACGCUAACACUUGUGUUUAGUACUGUCCAUAGCAGACCUAAUAAAGCAGCAGGAAGUCUGCCUUACCCACGGCAAGGCUCCUCUUGUUGCAAGUCUCACCUGCCACAGCCAGGCACCCUGUGCUGAUCCUGCCCCGGGCAGGGUCUGUCAGUCCUGGCACUGAAUGAGCAGAGAGGCAGGAGACAAAGCAGGGAGCUGUCCCUGCCAGCUGGGCACAUUUGUGCCAGAACACUGUCUCUCGUGGUUUCCUGGUGUCUUCUGGGGUUUUCCGUUGAGGUAUGGUGAAUCGGGGGACUAUAAAAGGAGGUUUUAAGGUUGUCUCAGGUAAGUCAUCUCAGUGAUUUGGUUUUUUCCUAGGAAUAGGUUAUACUGGACGGUAGUAGAGUAGUUGGGUAUUUGGAAGGCAGGUAGGAAAACAUAAUAUUAGAAAGUAAUUUCCUAAGUUUCUAAUAACUAAUACCUAAAUACCUAAAGCUGUGGUAUGCAGGAAAUGAAAGAAAUCAAAGAAAUCAUUCCCCUGCUGUUGAGGAACUGAGAAAAUAUCCAUCUGUUAUGAUGGUUUUUGUGCUUUCUGAUGUGCAAACAGAUAUACCAGUACUGAGAUUUGCAGAGGAACAGGCUCACAUUUUUUCUAAAACACAGAUCUUUCUAGAUAUUCUGGCAUCUAUGUCUCAGAUGGGAUGUAUUUGGAUUUUUGCUUCAUUUUUUGGAUUCAAUUAAACAGUAAAUCAUCAUCUCUUUUUGCUUCUUUCCCGGUUACUUUGAUCAUGGUGAAUUAACAGAGGGUUGUUUGGUCUGUGUUUUAGUUUGACAAAAUAGAGGCUGAUCUGACUGUUUGAACUGCUUCACUACAAAUGAAAAUAAACUAAGAAUUUCCUGAACACUGAUUUCAGUAGCAGGAGCUCUACGAAGAGGAAUCUUGUCCAUUCUGUCAGACUAAGAUGACUGUAAAAAGCUCUGUAAAGGACCCUACAGCUGUAGAAAGAGCAAACUUAUUGAAUAUGGCUAAACUGAGUAUCAAAGGCCUCAUUGAGUCAGCGCUGAGCUUUGGCCGCACUCUGGAUUCCGACUACCCCCCUCUGCAGCAGUUCUUCGUUGUCAUGGAGCACUGCCUCAAGCACGGCUUGAAAGUAAGAAAAUCCUUUCUAAGUUACAAUAAAACCAUCUGGGGUCCUCUGGAACUUGUGGAGAAAUUAUAUCCAGAAGCCGAGGAAAUAGCAGCAAGUGUCAGAGAUUUGCCUGGCCUUAAGACGCCGCUGGGCCGUGCCCGGGCCUGGCUGCGGUUGGCACUGAUGCAAAAGAAAAUGGCCGAUUAUCUUCGCUGUUUGAUCAUCCAGAGAGAUCUCCUCAGUGAAUUUUAUGAGUAUCACGCACUGAUGAUGGAGGAAGAAGGAGCAGUAAUUGUUGGGCUGUUGGUUGGGUUAAAUGUGAUAGAUGCCAACCUGUGUGUGAAGGGAGAAGACCUGGAUUCACAAGUUGGGGUGAUUGAUUUCUCUGUGUAUUUGAAGAGUGAUGAUGACAUCGGGGGUAAAGAAAGAGAUGUUCAGAUUGCUGCAAUAUUGGACCAAAAGAAUUAUGUUGAAGAACUAAACAGGCAACUGAAUAGCACAGUCAGCAGCCUCCAUGCAAGGGUUGAUUCACUGGAGAAAUCAAACACUAAACUGAUCGAAGAGUUAGCGAUAGCUAAAAACAAUAUAAUUAAACUCCAGGAAGAAAACCAUCAAUUAAGGAGUGAAAAUACUCUGAUUUUAAUGAAAACCCAGCAUCAUCUAGAGGCAACUAAAGUGGAUGUUGAAGCAGAACUUCAGACCUACAAACACUCCAGGCAGGGUCUGGAUGAGAUGUACAGUGAAGCUCGCAGGCAGCUUCGGGAGGAGUCCCAGCUUCGGCAGGAUAUGGAGAAUGAGCUGGUGGUUCAAGUCAGUAUGAAACACGAGAUAGAGCUUGCCAUGAAGUUGCUGGAGAAGGAUAUCCAUGAGAAGCAGGAUACCCUCAUCGGCCUGCGCCAGCAGCUUGAUGAAGUUAAAGCAAUUAACAUGGAAAUGUACCAAAAGCUGCAGGUUUCUGAAGAUGCUAUGAAAGAAAAGAGUGAAAUAAUUAGUCGAUUAGAGGAUAAGACCAAUCAAAUUAAUGCAGCUAUGAAACAACUAGAACAAAGAUUGCAGCAAGCAGAGAAGGCCCAAAUGGAGGCUGAGGCCGAGGAUGAGAAACUUAAGCAGGAAUAUGUGAAUAAAUCUGAAAGUCUGCAGAAGGAAUUCUCCCAGAAGGAGAAACAGCUGCUUCAGCUGGAAACAGAUUUGAAGAUAGAAAAGGAGUGGCGGCAAACCUUGGAGGAUGAUCUUCAGAAGGAGAAGGAAACUGUAUCUCAUCUGAGAAUAGAGACCCAAGAAAUAAUUAACCUUAAAAAAGAGUUCCUUAAACUUCAGGAAAAGAAUAAGCAACUGAAAAGGAUAUGUGAAGACCAAGAAGCUGCUCUCCAAGAACUGGCAUCCAAGCUGAGCGAAUCAAAGCUGAAAAUAGAAGAUAUAAAAGAAGCCAACAAAGCAUUGCAGGGCCAGGUUUGGUUGAAGGACAAAGAGGCCACACAUUGCAAGAUAUGUGAAAAGGAAUUUUCGCUUUCCAAAAGGAAGCAUCACUGUAGAAACUGUGGUGAGAUCUUCUGCAAUGCCUGUUCUGACAAUGAGCUGCCUCUGCCCUCCUCACCAAGGCCUGUCCGGGUCUGUGACUCCUGCCACGCAAUGCUCAUACAGAGGUGCUCUUCUAACGUGCCCUAAGGUUGUGUCACUAGAUAUUUAUUAGUUCUGGUGUUCAGCUCUUCCUGUAGAAAACCCAGCGCCACCUAAAGAAUGUACAGCAGUAUUUCCAGGCUUCCAGGUAAGCAGUGUAGAGUUGCAGUUUUGAGGUGCACUGGAGGAGUCACUUCUCUGCUUCCUCUUGAAACCAACAGAGAAAAUGGGACCCAAAUGUAAAAAAUGCACAUGUGGAAAAAAAAAAACCAAACAGAUGAGGAUGUUGGUCUAACAAAUGGCUCAGCAUCUCCUUUGGAGGAGGCAGGGCAGCUUAUAGAGGAGAUUCAGUGUUAACAUUUGGUGGGUAUUUUAGUUGUUGAGAUGCUCUUCAAAAAGGUGAUGCACUUCCCUGCUUUUACAGGCUAGUCUGCCACAAGUCCAACCUGAUUCUGCCCCUCAGUGUGCCUGUGAUAUGUUGUUGUGUAGCAAAACCGUGCAGUAGCUCGUUUUCAAUUGUUUUUUAAAAAAGUAUGGCCAUUAAUGCAGUGCUCUGAUAAGUUCUUGCCAAAUACCAUAUUUGUUUACUUCCUCUUAAUUACCAGGACUUGAUGCAUCCAGGAGUAUUGCACUGACAGCUCUGCUCUGUGGAGUCACAGGUGGAAGGGGAGAUUUUGUCAGGGAACAAGCAGUGCCUCGGGCACUUGCAGAAGGAAGGUGUGUUUGGGUGAAUGAUUUUUGCAGAUGAACUGUUAAUAUGAUGUAUCUGUGUUUCCAUCAAAAGAGAGCUGUCCAUCACAAACCUUUUGCCUGACAUUGUAACUCUGAACGCACCUCUGCAUUAUUUUCGUGCAAGUCAUGCUCUCAGGCUGUCCGUGUAGUCAGUGUGUAGCUCUAGAAACCACCAGGACAGCCUGGGAUUAAAUACCAGGGACCACAUCCUUUCUGUGUUGCACAGGAAAGUUCUUAGUUUGCCACCUUCUCCCUCAAACUUGCAGAGUUUGUUCCUAAACUUCAUUUUUUUCCAGAGCACCUUUGAGCCCCCCCACUGUUGGCACUGACGAGCCCUCAGCAGAAUUACCAGCCCGGGAGCUCCUUCAGCUGUGGGCUUGGACCAUUCCUACUAACAGGAAAAGGGAGGCUUGGGAACAAGUCUUCUAGUUGUCCUUGCACUUUGUUUAGCUUAGCUUUGUCUCUGGGGAUAGGGAUUUAGUUAAUAUCCUAAAAUCCAACAUAGCUGUUCUUUCCAACACUCAAUGUAGUUGCUUAUGUAGCUUUUGUAAAGAAAAAUGUUUCUAAAAUGACCUGAUGUAACUUUUUGUAAAAUACCAAACAAAUACUUGUAAAUGUGUAAAUAACUUUUGGAAAAAAAAUAAAUUUAAUUGAUCUGCAACUUAA